UCGUCGUACAAACAAAUUUUUAUUUUCGGAUUUUUCAAUUACGUUUUCAUUUAUUUUUAAGUAUUAAGUUUGCGUGCACUCAAAAACAAAAACAAAACUAAAAAACAAAAAUAAACAAAAAGGAAACAAAAAGCAACCAAAAUCAGCAACUAAAACUCGAACAAAAUCAUAAGGAAAUUCUUACCCAGAAAGCAGUUGAUAGAUCGUGUGUCCAAGCAUCGAAUCAAAAAGAAACUCAUUCAGACCAAAAGGAAUCGAACCACAUUUACCGGCUUCCAAAGAACGAUUCUCAAGUGUUUUUUCGCCGUCUCUCCAAAAGUCUCGACUAAACUCUCAACCGGCAGGAACUCUCGACGAUUCUCAGUUUGUUUUUUGUUUGAACUUGUUUGCCCUCCCACAACACAAAAACUCAUCAGUCCAUUUUGUUUGUUAACGUAAUACCAAAAAUGUAACGAACUAUAAUUAAAAACAAAAAAAGAACAAGAAAAUUACGUAAAAGUCGCGAACAAAUUGAAUAAAAGACACCAAAUGAACAAAGACACAAGUUACAAAAUUCAAAUGUAAAAUCAAAAGUACAAAGCAAAAAGAUUGUUGGCAACAUUUUUAUAAGUAUAUAUACGUAUUAUUAUGAUUUGUAUAUAUUUUUUAUACGAACUCGAAACUACAGAGUCCAAAACUCAAUUUUGAUACGCAGAAUUGCUCAUGUGAUGCUCCGAAUCCUCCGACGGGUUACACCAUAUCGAGAAGUUAUCCAAUGAGAAAGCCGCUUAAAUUUUGGAGGAUCUAUGAUGGACGACAGAGAAAAAUAACGCUUUGUUUGUGAAAGAUUUUUUGAGCGCAAGCAAGGAUUAUUAAAACGAAAAACCAAGCCAAACCAACUAAAACCCAAAACGACAAAAAUCGACAAAAAAUCGACAAAACGAAAAACGAAAAAUAAAUCUCAAGAAUCCAUUCGCAAGUUUUCGGGCAAAGCAUCGAAAACACACUUUUGAGAAUCAAAUCAAAGCGAAAACCGAAAAACACACUGGAAAGGAGCAGCAAAGACCUGGAGAACGAGAACGGUAGUCAAACGAAGGGAAAUACAAAUCAAAUCUAAAUAAAAUUAAAUGCAAAGGACAUUCGCAUGUGUGUGGUGGUGGAAAGAAAAUUCAAAACAAAAUUCACAAUUAGAAAACGCAGGAAAAAACGUAGAAAACGCAGACACAAAAUCAAGAGUGCCAGCAGCAACAGCAGCAACAACAGCAACAAACUGUCAACAGCGGGAAGAAUUUUGAACUGGAACAUUUCGACCAAAAAGUUGGGCGACAGCAAAAUUUCAACGUUUGGCGCACUACAACACAGCAGCAGCAACAGCAACAGCAGCCACAGCAGCAACAGCAGCAACAGCAGCAAGGACAUCGCGGCCAGGCAGCCAGAAUUGCAGGAGCAAGCGGUUUUGAAAGCGCAGCAGCAACACACAUCGAUAGCCACAGCCCCUUCGUCUCACACGGACUAGGACUAGGACUCAAAGAAAAGAAAAAAAAAAAAAGAACGGUCAGAAGGAUACCAAACAAACACUUUGGCUUAGAAAGCGGCCAAAGGACGAAAGAACCGCGGCCAGGACUUAAACUUGAAAUCACGCAUACGCCGCGGCGAAAUCUCGCUCUCUCUCUUUGCCGCCGCGCAGGGGAAAAGCCAGCCAAUCCGAAGAAGCGCAGAGAUUGCCCGAGGGGUUGCUGAGGGGAAAGCGGAGAAAGCGGAGAAAGCGCAGAAAGCGGAGAAAGCAGGCAAAGCAGGCGAGAGAGCUGCUGCUGCUGCUGGUGGGCAUCAUCUUAUGAUGUCAUCAGAGGAGUACGAGGCGGACUGUUUUGGUUUGUACAGCGAUGAGAACAACGUGCUGCUGAAGGCAACCGAGCCGGAGACAACAGCGGCCACCAAGCAGCAACAUCAUCAGCAACAGCAGCAACAGCAACAGCAGCAACAGCAGCAACAUCAGCAACCACCGCCGAGCAGCAACGGUCACACGUCACCAAUACCCUUACAAAUCAACGGCGACGGCAACGCGGCGAAUUGCGGCGAGAGUACCAAGACUAAUACCAAUACAAGCAGCAACAGCGGCAACAGCGGCAACAGCAACACCAAUACAGACGCAGACAAGGAGCAAGAGAGAGAGAAGGCGAAGGAGAAAACAAACGACGACGAAGCCGAGUCUGACGAUUCCGACGACGACGUCGUUGUCGUGCUCGAAGGCUGCGAAGGCAACGCCAGCAGCAGCAGCAACAGCAACAGCAGCAAUAACAGCAGCAACGCCAGCAGCAACAACCACAAGGCGGCGGCAACGACAACGACAACGGCAACGGCAACGACGACGACGACGACGGCGAACCAUUGUAAUCGCAGUGGCGGCAGUCGCAGUCAUCGCAGCGCCCGCAGUAGUCGGCAAAUCAGUCAGUCAACGGCCGUCGGCAAGACAACAACGUGCGCGGCUAAAAAACCAACAGCAACACUAGCGCCCACGCCAACAGCAAAGAAUUCGAACGUAAAUUCAAACGGUAGCGGUACGGGAAACGGAAACGGAAACGCGAAUAGUAAAGUGAAUCGUCGUUCGCGUCAAAGAUCCUUGAGCAAAGACAUAAGCAAUCAGCAAUCGAUCAGUCAUAGUAUUAGCAACAGCAACAGCAACAGCAACAGCAACAGCAAUAGCAGCAACGGCGGAGCAACGGCAACCGCUGCUGGCUUCAUGAGUAGCGCUGCCGCGGCUGCUGCGGGUGCCGCUGGUGGAGGAGCCCUGUUCCAACCACAAUCGGUCAACAGCACGGCCAGUAAUAAUAACAAUAAUAAUAAUAACAACAAUAUCAGUUCGAGCACAAACACACCGGCUGCAGCCGUAACUAGCCACUCGCCCACGAGCAACUCACCGGUUUCGGGCGCCAGCUCGGCCUCGUCCUUGUUGACGGCCGCCUUUGGCAACCUGUUCGGUGGCUCCUCGGCCAAGAUGCUGAACGAGCUCUUCGGCCGCCAGAUGAAGCAGGCCCAGGACGCAACGAGUGGCCUGCCCCAGAGCUUGGACAACGCCAUGCUGGCCGCCGCCAUGGAGACGGCCACCAGUGCUGAGCUGCUGAUCGGCAGCCUCAAUUCCACGUCCAAGUUGCUGCAGCAGCAGCAGCAGCAGCAACAGCAGCAGCAGCAUGUGAACAACAACAACAGCAUGGGGCACGCGAACAAUACGCCGCUGAGCAAUGGCACGAAUGCCUCGAUCUCGCCGGGAUCGGCCCACAGCUCAAGUCACUCGCACCAGGGCGUUUCGCCGAAGGGCAGUCGCCGGGUGUCGGCCUGCAGUGAUCGCUCCUUGGAGGCGGCAGCAGCAGAUGUUGCCGGUGGCUCGCCGCCACGAGCGGCAUCGGUGAGUUCGCUGAACGGAGGCGCCAGCGGGGCCAGUGGCGAGCAGCAUCAGUCGCAGUUGCAACACGAUCUGGUGGCCCAUCACAUGCUGCGCAACAUACUGCAGGGCAAGAAGGAGCUGAUGCAACUGGACCAGGAGUUGCGCACUGCCAUGCAGCAGCAACAGCAGCAACAGCAGCAACAGCAACAGCAGGAGAAGGAGCAACUGCACUCCAAGCUCAAUAACAAUAAUAACAACAAUAUUGCUGCCACCGCCAACAACAACAACAACAACACCAUGGAGAGCAUCAACCUGAUCGACGAUUCGGAGAUGGCGGACAUCAAAAUCAAGAGUGAGCCGCAGACGGCCCCGCCGCCGCAGCAAUCGCCGCACGGCAGCAGCCACAGCAGCCGCAGUGGGAGUGGCAGGAGCAGUGGUAGCCACGCCAGCCACGGCAGCCACAGCAGCCUGGCCAGCGAUGGCAGUCUGCGAAGGAAGUCCUCCGACUCUUUGGACAGCCGGGGUGCCCAGGACGAGGCGCAGGACGAGGAGGAGCAGGCCGCGGCCAAGCCCGAGGCCAGCCAGCUGCCCAUGUCCAUGCCGAUGUCCAUGCCCAUGCCCACCAAGAAGGAGGCCGUGGACGACAUGCUCGACGAGGUGGAGCUGCUGGGCCUGCACUCGCGCGGCUCCGACCUGGAGAGCCUGGCCUCGCCCAGCCACUCGGACAUGAUGCUGCUGGACAACAGCAAGGACGAUGUCCUGGACGAGGACGACGACGACGACUGCGUGGAGCAGAAGCGCGAGUCCAGCAGCAGCAGCGGCGGCGGCUGCCUCAAGAAGCCGGGCAUGGAGCUGAAGCGCGCCCGUGUCGAGAACAUCGUGUCGGGCAUGCGAUGCAGCCCAUCCUCCGGUCUGGUGCAGUCCGGACAACUCCAGGUGAACGGCUGCAAGAAGCGCAAGCUCUACCAGCCGCAGCAACACGCCAUGGAGCGCUAUGUGGCCGCCGCGGCGGGCCUCAACUUCGGCCUCAACCUGCAGAGCAUGAUGCUCGACCAGGAGGACAGCGAGUCCAACGAGCUGGAGUCGCCGCAGAUCCAGCAGAAGCGCGUGGAGAAGAACGCGCUCAAGUCGCAGCUGCGCUCCAUGCAGGAGCAGCUGGCCGAGAUGCAGCAGAAGUACGUGCAGCUGUGCUCGCGCAUGGAGCAGGAGUCCGAGUGCCAGGAGCUCGACCACGAUCCGGAUGCCGAGCAGGAGCACGAGCACGAGCACGAGCACGAGCACGAGCAGGAGCAGGAGCCGGAUAAUGGCAGUAGCGAUCACAUUGAGCUGUCGCCAUCGCCCACCCUAACCGGAGAUGGGGAUGUGAGUCCCGCCCACAAGGAGGAGGCGGUAGGACAGGAGCGACCCGGCUCCAGUUCGCCCUCGCCGUCGCCGCUGAAGGCCAAGACGGCGCUGGGCGAGAGCGGCGACUCGGGCGCCCACAUGCUGUCCCAGAUGAUGAGCAAGAUGAUGUCCGGCAAGCUGCACAAUCCGCUGGUGGGCGUGGCCCAUCCCGCCCUGCCGCAGGGCUUCCCGCCGCUGCUGCAGCACAUGGGCGACAUGUCGCACGCGGCCGCCAUGUACCAGCAGUUCUUCUUCGAGCAGGAGGCGCGCCUGGCCAAGGAGGCCGCCGAGCAGCAGCAGCAGCAGCAGCAGCAACAGCAGCAGCAACAGCAACAGCAGCAGCAGCAACAGCAGCAGCAGCAGGAGCAGCAACGUCGCUUCGAGCAGGAGCAACAGGAAAGCAGCGCCGCAAAGGAGGAGCAACAGCAGCAGAUCCAGCGCCAGCAGCAGCACUUGCAGCAGCUGCAGCAGCAGCAGCAGCAGCAAAUGGAGCAGCAGCACGUGGCCACGUCGGCGCCAAGGCCGCAGAUGCACCAUCCGGCGCCCGCGCGACUGCCCACGCGAAUGGGCGGGGCCGCCGGGCACACCGCCCUCAAGUCGGAGCUGAGCGAAAAGUUCCAGAUGCUGCGCGCCAGCAACAACAGCUCGAUGAUGCGCAUGUCCGGCACGGACCUGGAGGGACUGGCCGACGUGCUCAAGUCGGAGAUCACCACGUCGCUGUCCGCUCUGGUGGACACCAUCGUGACCCGCUUCGUCCACCAGCGGCGGCUGUUCAGCAAGCAGGCGGACUCCGUGACGGCGGCCGCCGAGCAGCUGAACAAGGACCUGCUGCUGGCCUCCCAGAUCCUCGACCGCAAAUCGCCGCGCACCAAGGUGGCGGACAGGCCCCAGAACGGACCCAUCGCGCCCGCAUCACAAUCAGGUAAUAAUGGUUCACUACUCCUAGCUAAUAGUCAAAUGCCCUCCCAAACGACCGCCAGCGGGUCGAGUGGGCAGCAGCAGCAGCAGCAGCAGCAACAGCAGCAGCAGCAGCAGCAGCAACAGCAACAGAAUGCGCAGCAGCAACAUCAGGUCGCGCAGCAGCAGCAACAGCAGCCGCAGCAGCAGCAGCAGAGUGUGGGUCAAGCGCAGCAGCACCUGCAGCAGCAGCAAUCGCAUCCGUUGCUGCCGCCCAGCUGCCAACAGCUGAUCUCGGCCCCCCGUCUAAAUGGCAGCCAGCUGUCCUUCGCCUCGCCCGCCGCUGCUGCAGCCGCUGCCAUGGGUCUGCAGAUGCACCAUGCCGCCGCAGCAGCAGCAAUGUCCGCCCAACAGCAGCAGCAGCAGCAACAGUCGGGCGAUCCCGGCGCAAGUACUAACCCAAACGGCGGACCAGCGAACCCCACUAACAGUAGCUUAAGUACCCUUAAUAUACCGCCUCCUCACAUUCGUCCUUCGCCCACAGCGGCUGCAAUGUUCCAGGCGCCGAAAACGCCGCAGGGCAUGAACCCGGUGGCCGCCGCCGCGCUCUACAACUCGAUGACCGGUCCCUUCUGCCUGCCGCCCGACCAACAGCAGCAGCAGCAGUCGGCCCAGCAGCAACAGUCCGCCCAGCAGCAGCAGCAGCAGCAGCAGAGUGCGCAGCAGACGCAGCAGCAGCUGGAGCAGAACGAGGCCCUCAGCCUGGUGGUGACGCCGAAGAAGAAGCGCCACAAGGUGACCGACACGCGCAUCACCCCGCGCACCGUGAGCCGCAUCCUGGCCCAGGAUGGUGUGGUGCCGCCCAACGCUGGACCUCCGACCACCCCCCAGCAGCAGCAGCAACAGCAACAGCAGCAGCAGCAGCAGCAACAGCAGCAGCAGCAGCAACAGGCGUCGAACGGCGGCAACAGCAAUGCCAAUCCCGCACAAAGUCCGACGAGGAGCAGCGGAGGAGGAGCCGCAUACCACCCACAGCCGCCGCCACCACCACCACCCAUGAUGCCCGUGUCCUUGCCCACAUCGGUGGCCAUUCCCAAUCCCUCGCUGCACGAGUCGAAGGUCUUCUCGCCGUACUCGCCGUUCUUCAACCCGCACGCGGCCGCCGGCCAGCCAUCGGCCGCCCAGCUGCACCACCAGCAGCAGCACCACCAGCAGCACCACCCGCACCACCAGCCCAUGCAGCUGUCCUCCAGUCCGCCGGGCAGCCUGGGCGCCCUGAUGGACUCGCGCGACUCGCCGCCGCUGCCCCACCCGCCGUCGAUGCUCCACCCCGCCCUGCUGGCCGCCGCCCACCACGGCGGCUCGCCGGACUACAAGACCUGCCUGCGGGCCGUCAUGGACGCCCAGGAUCGACAGUCCGAGUGCAACUCGGCCGACAUGCAGUUCGACGGCAUGGCUCCUACUUCUUCUACAUUGACACCGAUGCACCUGCGCAAGGCCAAGCUGAUGUUCUUCUGGGUGCGCUAUCCCAGCUCCGCGGUGCUCAAGAUGUACUUCCCGGACAUCAAGUUCAACAAGAACAACACAGCACAAUUGGUGAAAUGGUUCUCGAAUUUCCGAGAAUUCUACUACAUACAAAUGGAGAAAUAUGCACGACAAGCUGUCACCGAAGGCAUCAAGACACCCGAUGAUCUGUUGAUUGCUGGAGAUAGUGAAUUGUAUCGCGUGCUCAAUUUGCACUACAAUCGCAAUAACCACAUUGAGGUACCCCAGAAUUUCCGCUUCGUGGUCGAAUCGACACUGCGGGAGUUCUUCCGUGCAAUACAGGGUGGCAAAGACACCGAGCAGUCGUGGAAGAAGUCCAUAUACAAGAUCAUCUCGCGCAUGGACGAUCCCGUGCCCGAGUACUUCAAGUCGCCCAAUUUUUUAGAGCAGCUGGAAUAAGUGGAGGAGUUGGCGCUGCCGACGCUGCCGCUGCCACUGCCGCACUCGCUGGGAAUGCCACCGCCCAUCAGUCCGGCCUCCACCACCACCUGCAGCAGCACUACGACCACCAACUCCAGGGCCGGCAGCAGCCAUUCGAAGGCGCGGCGCAGGCCAAAGCUAAAAGGCUAAACCUGCGCAGGAAACACGACUGGAUAUGAUCAACUCCCCAGCCAAACAAAAACAAACAGUAUCCAGACACAACAGACACACACACAGGAAAAGGAACUUAGACAUAGCUGAGGGUUUUGCAGACACACAAGAGUCGAAAACGCGUUUAGAAAGCAAACACAAUGAGCCAAAUAUUUUUUCAAAAAUUUCUAAAACCACACAACGCAAACUUAUAAACACACUCACACACAAUACACAUGAACCUCAGCAAAAGAGCGAUCAGAAUAUGAAGAAAAAGUAGGCCAGCGAGAUUCUAGUCUCCCAGGCCGAUUGAACAGAACCAGAAGUAAACAUAGAGCAGCAAGUCUUAAUCUAAUGUGAAAUAGUGCAAAUUGAACAAAAAAAACCUGAGCCACACACCUGAGAACACCCACACACCGAGCGUAAUUUACAGGCAGUGUAAACUGUACUCGCCGUUGGUUUGUUAGUUGAAAUUUUUUUAAAAAUAUUUACAGCAUAUUACGUAUACGUAUGAAUAUUUAACAAAUAGUUGAGCCGUCUAAUGAUCUACCGAAAGUUGACACACAUUCCAAAAAAAAAAAGAGACACCAACACAAUAACCACACGCAUUCCACGCACACACACACACACCCACAUCGGUACAAAGUGUGUGUUCAUUUGAGAGAGCGAAAGUCGCUUAGCCAAACAGGAAGUGGACUUAUCCGCACUGCUUGGCCGAUCGACUUUUCGGUAAGCAGUUUCUCCCGCCCAGCUGUGCACUGCUUUACAAAAGCAGGCACUGCUUUGGCGGGCAAAAAUCGGAAGCUAAUCUUAAAAUCUCCCGAAAGCUAAGAUUGCUAUAUCCCCUUAACCCCCCUUUAAGCGCUAAGCAUAUAUUUGAUGUCUAUUAAGCGAAACUAAAAGCAAAAAAUUACCAAAAAAAAGUUAAGAAAUUGCGAAAACUAUUUAGAUUUUUAAUAAGAAAGCCAGAGUUAUUUGUACGAGCAGCGGGCGUUAGGGUAGUUAAAUUUAUCAUUUACAAUACGUUAUGCGAACCUAUGACCAAAGUUAAUUGUUAACAUGAAUCCCUUGAAUACGGUUAUUUUUAAUCAAUUCUUAUACUUUAGUGCCCUACUUUUGAGCACGCAUCUUAAUUUUAUAGAAUAAUCAACAUACACACCAACACACCAACACAUCACAAACACACACACACACACUAGUCUGUUAUUUAUGUAAAUAAUUUAUACGUUUAGUUAAGUUAACGUUUAGUUUAAUUAAUUUACUUUACUUGGCCUUGAGUUGCAACAAAACAAAAUAUACACGAAACACCAAAAAUACCAAUUAAAAAUAUCGUUUUUUCUUCCUCUUGAUUUAAAAAAAAAAAAAACAUACCAUUUAUACGAUUUUAAUCCCCGAUCUCUGGCUGGCUGGGAUCGAUCAUGCACUUCUCACUCAUCAGCACAGCAGACACAGCAUGGAAAGUGGGCGGGUUUAGA